GGCGGCUUGUAAAGGCAAAUGCAAACAUUGUGGCCGGCUCUUUAACCACUUAUCAGCUUACAAAGAGCAUAAAUGAACUCAUACAGGAAUGAAGUCGUACACAUGCAAGCAUUGUGAUAAGUGUUUUAGCAAGUUAUCAUCUUGCAACCAACAUGAACGAAUUCACACAGGAGAGAAGCCAUAUACAUGCAAGCAUUGUGAUAAGUGUUUUAGCAAGUCAUCAGCUUGCACACAACAUGAAAGAACUCACACAGGAGAGAAGCCAUAUACAUGCAAGCACUGUAAAAAGUGCUUUAACACCUCAUCAGCUUGCAGGAAACACGAACGAACUCACACAGGAGUUAAACCGUACACAUGUAAGCAUUGUGAUAAGUGCUUUAGCCAGUUAUCACAUUGCAAGGAACAUGAACGAACUCACACAGGAGUGAAGCCUUACAGAUGCAAGAAUUGUAAAAAGUGCUUUAGCUUCUCAUCAGCUUGCAAGCAACAUGAACGAACUCACACAGGAGAAAAACUGUAUGCAUGCCAGCAUUGUAAAAAGUGCUUUACUUUCUUAUCAAAUUGGAAAGAACAUGAACGAACUCACACAGGAGAGAGGCCGUAUACAUGCAAACAUUGUAAAAGGUGCUUUAGGCAGUCAUCACAUUGCAAGGAACAUGAACGAAUUCACACAGGAGAGAAGCCGUAUAAAUGCAAGCACUGUAAAAAAUGCUUUAGGCGCUCAUCAUAUUGCAAGCAACAUGAGGAGAAACACGUAAGAGACAGUUCUUUGAAAUAA